AUGAGGUCACUAGAUUAAGUUGAUUUAAGAGAUAAGGCCAAGUUAUUGGCCUAAGUUCAGCAGCUAAGUCACAAAAUAGUGAAUCUGUUAAACGAGAACAACGAAAACAUUUUGCACAUAAUUGCGUCUGAGAAAGCUUUCAAAAACUCUCAAUCCAUCACUGGAAACAAGGACAUGACUUUGUUUGAGAUAAUACAGACGCUAGUAAAAUAGAUGAAGACACUGGCAUACAAGUGUGAUAAGAGUCAAGGAUAAACUCCACUACAUUAUGCCUUUAAAAGUGGAAAUCUAGAGUGUGCACUCUGGAUGGUAUAAAUUAUAAAGAAGGAAUAUGGCUAUGAUGCACAGUAAGAGCUUCUCAAUUCAAUUGAUAAUGAUGGCAUGAGACCUAUUGAUCUCUUAGCAUUCAUGAUAGAUGAUUAUCACAAAUCAUUUAUCAGAAAUUUCCACAACGAAGAAAAGAAUUAUAAACUUUCCAAAAGAUUUGAUGCCUAUUCCUGGGGUUACAGUGAUGAAUUCCAACUCGGCUAUACUUAACUCAAUAAUAUGAGAAAAUAUCCAAAGAAGAUCACUUUCACACCGAAGACACGUCAAAAUAUCGGAAACUAACAAGAUGGUCAGCCGACAUAUUUAUCUGAUAAUAAUUUGCCUACUAAUUAAUUAUCGAUUAAGGAUAUAAAAGUUGCUAAUACCUAUUCCCUUGCAAUUACUGAAGAUGGACUCUUAUUCUCUUGGGGAUCUGGUAUCAAUGGUCACUUGGGCCUAGGUGAUGAAAAUUCAAGAAUCCAGCCAGAAUAAAUCAAUAUAGAUUUGAAAGACGAGGAAAAGAAAAUAAGAAAACUUAAGAGAAAGCAUAGAGAUAUGGAGGAGGUCGAAGAGUUAAUGACUCUUCAUAGUUUUGUCAAAAAUGCCACAAAGGGCGGCAUUAAUCUUAGUCAUUCCUAAGCCUUCAUUGAAUAGUAGUGCUUAAUUUCUCUACAUAAUAUCAAGGGCCAAGACAACAUGGGGAAUUAUUUCCUUAAUGAUAAAUAAUCAAUGAACACAAAUGGAAAGAACAAAAAGCACUCAAAGAAAGUCAAGUAGUUCAGUAAUUUUUAAAACGAAUAAGCUCUCAUUUCUAAAAGAGAACUAGACUGUACCAAUACCGGUGCAGUAUUUUCCUGGGGAGAGAAUGAUGCAGGCUAGCUUGGCUUUGGAUGCAGGAAAGAGAGUUCUCAAGGCUUGAGUAGUCAUCUUUAGUUCUCAAGCACCCCAAAGAAAGUCGAACAACUUUCAAAGUUGUUCGUAGUUGAUGUUGCUUGUGGUGAUUAUCAUAGUGCUGUGAUAACUAAUCUGCAAGAGGUUUAUCUUUGGGGAUCAAACAAGAAUGGCCAGCUGGGUAUUGAUAUGGAGAACUGUCAGCAAUCCUAUAAGGCUCAGAAACUGGUUUUGUUUGAAUAUAUGAACUCCUCUCAGAAAGAGAGAUUCCUAUAAGUUAAGGCUAAGUACAACUACACAGUCCUAGUCUAUAUAUCUGACAAGCACUAGAACCAGUUUGUGGCUUUGUUUGCAAAAUCUGGUAAUAGUAAUGCUCACAAGAAGUUAGAGGCUAAUGUUUAUUUGAGCAAUGAUUACUUACUUGCUAUGGACAUGAGCAAAAGCAUAUAUCUCUAUAAGAUAUUCUCACAAGCCUAAAAUAAACAGUAACAUGACGUAUGUAUUGUCAAACGACUGGCUCAUGAAAUCUACUCUAGUUCUAAUUUCAUUGAACUCUAUCCCACAGAAUAAGAUAUAUGGGCUGUAAAUUCAUUGAGAUAGCUUUUAGUUUGCAAAGAUUUUAAGCAAAAGAUGCAUCAUAAUAAUGAGAAUAUAAGCUUCGAACCUGUUAAUGACGUCUUUAAUGUAAUGAAAGCUGCAAUCGGACAGAAACAUUAAGUCGUUAUAAAAAUCAUUAAGCAAUUAGAUGACAAGAUGACAAGGGACAUCAAUGUGAAAAAAGAAGUAAUGGAAAGUUCAGAAACUAUUGAGGAUGACUUUGAAAUCCCAAUGCCAAGCAGCUGCAUGAUGGAUAUGGGCAUAUCUAUUGCUGGAGGAUCCUUUAAGACUCCAAGUUCUUUUAAAAUUGAAGAGGAUAUAACCUAAAAUCUAGACAAUGCUCUUGAUUUAUACGAGAUGGCUGAUCUCUAGAUCAUAGAUGAGUUAAAGAUAAACUGCCUCAAGUUUAUUUCUUUGAACAUCGUUUCGUAUUUAGAGUCAACUUAUCUCGAAAGGCUUUUGUAGCUGCCUAUUUACCUCAUCAGAGAUCUAGAAAAUUUCAUCAAACUUGAGGAUUCAGAGAAAUAUGUGCUCACUGAUAUGAGAGAUAUUGAGGAGUCUGAAUACGCUUAGAAUCAGUAAAUAUAGAUGGAAACUGGCAAGAAGAAAGAAAUAUUUAACGAGGAAAAUUGUCUCAAGCUAUAUCAAGAAUUGAUGGAAAUGUUCUCUGAGUUUGACGGGAACGGCAGGCUUUAGGAUUAGCUCAAAUAAGACUUGUGCUCAAAGGUUCAUAAAUUCCGAUCUUAACUUAGAAAAGCUCAUAAGAAAAUGAGAAAGGGUUCGAGUAAUGUGAAUUAAAAAUUUGAGACUCCAGCUGACAGAAAUAGCUAUGCUUUUGACUAGGAUGAUUACAUGAAUACAGAUGAUUUUGAGGUUGUGGUGAACUAUCUCGAUUUAGUUAAUGAUUUCAUAAAGGAAGAUAAUGUGGAAUUCCAGGAAGCAAGACCCUCAGCCACUGUGAUUAUUAAGAAAAAGAAAGGAGGCAAGCAGAAACCUAAACCUUCCUAAUCACAAUAGCAGACUUAAAUAAGCUCCAACUAUUUUUUCUUGAAAACAAAAGAUAAUUACUCUAAGCAAUAAGAAUUCGAAAAGCACAGUCUUGAAAAUGAUUUCAUGAUUGUUUAGUAGUGCGACAAGAAAUCAAACAAAUAGAUUAAUAAGUCAAAGUAAAUUGUAAAAGAUACUACAAAAGCAGGUGGCAAUCAAGGUGACAAGGAUGAAAAAUUUUUGUUGAGUGAUCUGCUCGGCUUGUAAUGCAAGACAUAAGAAAUGAAGAAUAAAAAUGAGGCAGAAGAUAGAAGAUCUUCUUCUGAUUUAUGGAACUAUCUUGAAAAUCAAAAAGAGCAGGAAAAUGACCCUCAAAAAGAUAAUUUACAGCCAAAUCAGUAGAUACAGGCUAGGGAGAGAAUUACAAGUUUUGAAGACAUUCAAAGAGAAGAGACAGAGAAAAAGAAUCGUAAGAUUUCUGGAGGAGUACGUAAAAAUUCUACUUCUCAAGUUAGUCAGCCUCAAAAGUAACCAGUAAAAGCAGCUGUUUUAAGUGAGGCAUCUACUAAAAAUGAUUGGGGGUUGAUAAAAGAAGAAGAUGAGAUUGACUUUGAUGAGGUGAUUGAAAAUGAAAAGAUAAAGAAAGAACAGGCAAGAUAGUAGUUACAGAGAGAUGAAGAGCUUGUAAGAAUAAUGAUGGAAGAAGAACUUAGAAGACAAGAAGAAGAGAUUCUAUAAUAAGUCCUUCGUGAAUCAGCGAUUGAAUACUCUGAAAAAUUAUACUAUGAGGAGUAACCUAGGUUAUAGGAUAAUUACUCUACUACAACAGUCUAUAAGAAAAAGGGACCUGCAGGGAAAAAGGGGAAAAAAGUUACUGAGAGUUAGCAAUAAACUUAGUCUUAGAUGAAAUGGAUACCUAAAGCUAAGUGA